AUGUUGUUCACUGUCGCGGCGCUGUCCUAUCUGUUCCUCAACGUCGGUACGGAAGGCGUUGUCGGGAAAAAUAUUUCUGAGAGAUGGAACAAUUCGCUCGCUGCUUCGGCUGAAGGACUGUUUGAAAAGCUGGAGCAAACCUUCGAAACCUCCUUAUUUGCUGCAAUGGUUGAAAAAGAUUCAACAAUGAGACGAUAA